CCUCUCCGCUUUGGGAAGGGGGGGUGUUGGUGGUUGAAAGGGCGAUAGAAUUCCCCCAAUAGUCUCCGCCUUGGACCCCUCCCACCUCCAGCUGGACCCACCCGUCUCUGCCGGCCGGCUGCCCCGCCCUCAUACAGGGAGUACUUGACUGUGACUUCAGUUUUCAUUUGCACUUCGUGCAGAGGUUUUUCACCUUCUGGCCCUUUAUUUCUCUUGUGGCCUCUUCUCCCCAUCCUCCGCUUCCAGAGGAGCGCAGAUUGCUGGGCGUUCCCCAGUGCGCUCCUCUCUUUGCGUGUUGCCAGCUGCAGGUGAGACUCCAGGUGGGUUGGCGGAGAGCAGUGACGCGCGCCUGACCACCCUCGCCGCAGGUUCCGAGAGAAGACUGCAUCUGGCUGCACAAAGCGCUGAGUUUCUCACCUCGUUGAGCUCAGAAAGUUCAAGAAAGAAACCUGGGAUUCAUGGGGAGAUCAGGACAGACGACUUGCCCGUUCUAUCACAACUGAGGCGACAGAGUCAGCUGUUUGAGAAGUCUGCUUUCAGAAGGAUUUAAGAAUUCAUUUCCACAUAUGGCCAUCUGGUUCUUUGAAGCAGUGUCCUAUCAUGUGCCAUGCUGGUAAUAUCACAGGACGCAGAGAAGUCAAUGUUAGCAUAUAGCCAGCCAACAGGAAGUCAUGAAGUAUUCUGGAUGGAUGGCUGCUGGAAACCCAUUGCCAUAACCAGCUCUUCUUCAAUAUUUAAGGCUUUAUCUGGGCAUUGAGUAAUGAGAAUUUCGAAACCAUAUUGGAGGAGUACGUCCAUCCAGUGCUAUUUGUGUUUACUUCUGAAUAGCCAUUUCUUAACUGAGGCUGGCAUUCCUGUCUUCAUUUGGGGCUGUAUCAGUGAAAGUCUUCCAAAAACAGAGGCAAACUGGCAGGAUGUAAUAAGUGAUUUGGAAAAAUUUGAAAAUCUUAUUCAAUCUAUACAUAUUGAUGCCACUUUAUAUACUGAAAGUGAUGUUCAGCCCAAUUGCAAAGUCACAGCGAUGAAGUGCUUUCUUCUGGAGUUAUGUGUUAUUUGGCAGGAGUCGAAUAAUAUGGACAUUAGAGAGGUGAUAGAAAACCUUAUCAUCCUAGCAAACUCCAGUUUAUCAUCUAAUGGGAAUAUAACUGAAUCUGGAUGCAAAGAAUGUGAGGAACUGGAGGAAAAAAAUGUUAAAGAAUUUUUGCGAAGUUUUGUAAAUAUUGUGCAAAUGUUCAUCAACACUUCCUGAUUGCAGUGAUCCUCUUCAGCAUUUCUGUUAUUUACAAACACUUUCCCGUUGCUCAGAGGCACUGAAACACUUUGCAUUUCCAGUGUGCUGCCAAAGCAAGUUUUUCUAGCAAGAAGAUGAUCAGGAUCUUACGUCCGGUGAACUCUUAGAAAUGAAGGCAGAAAAAUGGCAUUGAGUAACAUGAUGUAAAUGAACAUUUAUUUUUAAUUUAUUAUUGAAAUUGUACAUAUUUGUAACAUAAUAUAAAUUGUCAAAUAAAAUUAUGUACAUAUUUUAUCCU